GUCGUAAUCCGAGAGCCGCUCAGCCCCAAUAGCGGGGCAGUGCAGCCUUACUCCGGUCAACUAACCUUGCCAGGGCUAGUGGCUAGCAAUGCCUUGAUUAGCCCGACAACUUCUCCGUUUAGCUCAAUCUUCACUGGGCUACUACAAAAGCAACGGACCCCCCGAGACAGUUCAACCUAUCAAUCCCAGUUCAAAAAUCUGCCACCAUGAAGUUGACACUCCCCGUUGCCCUCCUUUCUCUUACGACCUCCGUUGUCGCCUCCCAGAAAUCCCUGGCAGACCCCUCCGCAAGCGAAGUUGACUCGCGCAAGCCCUCCAACCCAGAUUUCCAGAUCUCCGCCAGCGAUUCCCUGACAAAUAUCAUUGGCAUCGAACCCAUCCUCAGCUCGGACUCCGAGUCCACCCAAGAUAAGAAAUGCGCCUCUAAGGAAGAAAUCGCCCAGGGAUUCGGCAAGGCCUGGGCAGAGGCCGUACGCGAGCAGCAGCAACAGCCCCCGAAUGCAAUCCCAACGAUCACCAUCAACCUCGAGGAUUUUGAGGAGAAGCAAUGCGAUUACUUCGAGCGGGUGUAUGAUGGAUGGCGGUUCACGUAUUCAUCGAAAAUGACGGACUGCGAUUACACCAGCUUGAGUCAGACGGUGGGCAAAGCCGUGAAGGAGUUUAUCGACAAGAAGCAUUACAAGAGCUGUCGGAGGGAUUGCGAUACGAUGUGCAUGCGGUUUGAUGAGGGCGGUCCGUGGGAUGGCUAUGUCAGAUUGGGCAAGAAGGACAAGUUUGAUGCUGAGGCGUAUUGUGGGCCAAGCCUGAAUUUGGUUCCGAAUCGGCUGUAGAUAUCUUUGGGAUUGGAAUGAGACUGGUGAUUGAUGCAGGUCACCUGAUCCCUUGCCCUGUCUCUACAUAGAGCUAUCCUCUAUAGCAGCCUUAGCCAAUAAGACCAACAAGCAUCACCCCUAAA